AUGGCCGCUGCUCGGUGCUCCUCGUUCCCUGCUCUCUGCGUGGUGGUAGUAGUAGUGGUACUCAUCGGCGGCUGUGGCGCUGCGUCCGGCGCGGACGAAGAAGGGCUCAUCCACCUUCACUUCUACUUCCAUGAGGUCAACGCCGGCACGCCCAACGCCACCGUCCUCAACGUCGCCAGCCUGCACAAGAACUCGUCCACGUUCGGGGACCUGAACGUGUUCGACAACGCGCUGCGGGCGGGGCCGGACCCGGCGUCGCGGUUGGUCGGCAGAGCGCAGGGCCUGGCGCUCCACGCGUCGCUGGACGAGUCCGGCGGGCUCACGGCCAUCACCUUCGCCUUCUCCGACUACGGCGCGUACAGCGGCAGCACGCUGGCGACGCUGGGCCACAUCGGGGUGUCUGGCCCGGCGGAGCGGAGCAUCGUCGGCGGCACGGGCAAGCUCCGGUUCGCGAGAGGGUACAUGGUCAGCAGCCUCCUCAGCUCCACGAACACCUCCAUCGUCGUCGUCUUUGACAUGUACUUCACCCUGGGUCGCUGA